CUAAUACUCUUCCGUACUUUUAGUUGAAACGUGGUAUUUUUACACUUGUGCUUAAGACCUGAUGACGUCUGCCACCACCACCAAAAAAUAAUAACGUCACAACAUUUGUCAGUUCAAGUCUGAGGGGAGCUUCGCAGCAGUCCAUCAUGAAACGGGCGGCUGUUGUCAUGGCGGUGGUCAUGUCAGGACUGUGUCUCCUGCCUGCCUGUUUUCCUCACGACUACAUCAUUGUACAGACUGAAAAGAAUAUAAAGGACGCUCGGGAGUACUGCAGAAAUAAAUACACUGACCUGGCUGUCGUACAAAGCAAGGAACAUUUGGACAAACUCAUGAAACUUACAGGGUUAAACUCCUUCUGGAUCGGGCUCAACAGAGACACUGACGCGUGGACGUGGUCUCUGGAAGAUGAGACCUAUUAUGGUGAAGGAGAUACUAAGUUCCCCAUGUGGGAAGACGGCUACCCCAUAGACCACACCAACUAUAAAUCCUGUGUGAUGAUGGCCCAAAACGGAAAAUGGAAGGAUGAUUUGUGUGGUAACAUCCACAACUUCAUCUGCUACAAAAAUAGUACAGAGGGAACAUCAGAAACUUCACCCAGCUUCAUCCGUGUGAAUACUCUGAUGACUUGGGAUGCAGCUAGGGCCUACUGCAGGAACAACUACAUUGACUUGGCCAGUGUGAGGAACCAGACUGAGAAUGAUCAGAUAAAGAACAUGGCCAGCAACUCAUGGAUCGGCUUCUACAGGAACUCUUGGAGGUGGUCGGAUGGGAGCGAGGAUGUAUUUGAUAACUGGUUGCCUGAGACCCCUAGUUCUGACUUGGAUGCUUCUUGUGUUGCUAUCUACACUGGUAAAUGGGCAAACUCUCGUUGCAUAAACACGAGACCCUUUGUCUGUUACAAUCGCAGAACAGAAAUGAAAGUGGUGAAGGUGGGGCUGAAGAAAGCUGGCCCCUCUGUGGACAUGGAGGAACUGGGUGAAGAGAUCUUGAACAUGGUGAGGAUUCCCAAAUAUCAAGCACAAACCGGACGGUUGAUUCCGGAGAGGCCUUAA